AUGUCACGCUCAAGUGAGACAAAUGAACUUCUCACGAAUCUAACUAAAGUGUUUGAUAUUCAAAGAGGAAGUUCAUAUGAAACAGUCGGAGUGAUCUUCAUUGUGGUUGUGACUGGAUCUAUAAAUUUGAUUACCAUUCUUGGAAACAUUCUUGUUAUUAUCUCGAUCAAAACAAACAGGCAUUUGCGAACUAUUAACAACUACUUUAUUUUCAGUUUAGCCUGUGCUGAUUUGAUUCUUGGCGCAUUCACAAUGAAUGUAUUCACCAUUUAUACUGCACUUGGAUAUUGGCCUUUUGGUCCGGUUUUCUGUGAUUUAUGGCUUGUUGUAGAUUAUGCUGUAAAUAAUGCAUCUGGCAUGAACAUUCUCGUCAUCAGUUUUGACCGUUACUUUUGCGUCACAAAGCCCCUUAGCUACCCUUUGAGGAGAACAACUAAAAUUGCAGGGAUAAUGAUUGCAGCUGCUUGGGUGGUGCCAUUUUUCCUAUGGGUACCUGGCAUUCUUUUCUGGCAGUUCAUUGUCCAAGCGCGGACCAUUCCUGUGGGUGAGUGUUAUCCACAACUACUCUCAAAUCCAGCCAUCACUUUAGCCAUUGUGAUCGCUUGCUUCUAUCUCCCUGCGACAAUCAUGGUGACUUUAUAUGGGUGCAUAUCUUGUGCCAGCAAGAGUCGAAUUAAACGAGCCAAAAAGGAAUCUGUGCCAAACAAAGGCUUCAGUUCUCCAAAUCUAUGGAAGGCGUAUAUCAAAAAAACAAGUACUAACAAUGCAUCAAAUGUGUCCAAACAGUUACUCGAUGCGAAAUCACAAAACAUCAAAAUAACUGCUGGAAUAACAAUUGACAAGUAUGGACAAGGAGAAAGGGAGAAAGUCAUCACUGAGACAAAUUCUCUCGGUUUUUCACCACCAAAUCAGAAGAAGGAAGAGGCAAUCCAUGACUGUGCAAAGGUAAUGAUAAACCCCACCAAACUCGCUUACAUGAAGAUAGCCAGCAACACUCAAAUUCGUACCUGUACUGGCACCAUGGUAGGACUCGCAACUGAUAGUAACAACAUGGACGCUGUUAACAGAGAGGUCCGACCAAAUUAUGAGAUCAUUAAAAUGACCAAGAUGGCCUGCAUGAACAAGAUAGCUGUAAACCGAGACAAAACGGUAACCAGGACCAUACUGGCUAUUAUUCUGGCUUAUAUCAUCACGUGGACUCCAUACAUUGCAAUGAUGAUCAUUUCUACCUUCUGUCCAACAUGCAUCACAAAGGCCAUUUGGAAUUUUGGAUACUGGAUUAUUUAUAUCAACAGUACAAUCAACCCAGCUUGCUAUGCACUAUGCAAUGCCACAUUCAAAAAUACGUUCAAGCGUCUUCUCUUCUGUCAGUACAGAAAUAUCGCUGACGCAAAAUAA